UUUUUAUUAUAUCUUACGUAAUAAUUGUUGGACUCUGUUCACGAUGAAACUCAGAUUCAGAAUACUACUUUUAAGCUUGCACAUGACUUAUAUAUGUAUCCGGCAUAAUUAUAACUUUGUAUUUAUAAUAACUUAAUUUUAUAUGAAAAUUCAAGUGUAUCGAUUCAUUACCACAAUCACAUGUUUUGGUCGUAUACAUAGGAUGGUAUCUAUAUUGUAAACUUUAAUUAAAAUUUUAAUGUCAUGUUUAGCAAUAGUAAUUUUGUUCAACAAUAUUAAAUUGUUAAAAAAUAAUAAAUUUAUUUGUCAAAUGAAACUAUAGUAUUAUAUUCAUUCAAUAAAUCCUUUGUGUUAUAGCAUUCAUACUUGUGUUACUACGUAUUAGUAUUAAACAGGUGUGCAUAGUUGUGAAAUAAUUACAACAUAAUUGUAUAACUAAUAUAUAACAAAUUUAAGUAUUUCACUACAUAAAUCGAAUGAAUACUCAUCUAAUUCAUAUAUUUUUACUUCUGUUAUAACCUUAUCAAAUAAUUUUCAAACAUUAUGUCGUCUAAAAUUUGGAUUUGGAAAAACGUUCCCGGUAUUACUGGUCGAUAUAACGAUAUAAUUUAUUCACGUCCUGUAUUAUCUUCAAAUCAUGAUGUUCUUGUAUAUUUUGGAGGUGAUAUUCAGGACAUUCAAGAAAACAUGGAACACACUGAUAGUAAACAAUAUGUAGAAUGGAGUUUAGAAAAUACAGCUAAAAUGCUUACUAUAAGCUUUCCAAAAAAACAUAUCCUUUUGAUUCGACCAUCCAGGAUAUUAGGAACAUUAAGUUGUUUCGAUAAUUUUGUACCAUCAAAAGAAUAUGGUAUACCGUUAUUUUGCCCAACACAUAAUGCUCUGAAACAUUUACAAGAAUUAAUUAAAUCUUCGUUAAAGCAGAUAAAAACAUAUAAUAUAGAUAAGGAAUUUCCUUAUUUGAAUAUUGGAGGAAUAACAUUAAUUGGCUUUAGUAAAGGUUGUGUUGUUUUAAACCAAUUACUCCAUGAAUUUCAUUAUUACCAAAAUAAAUUACAACCUGAUAUUGAAAUUAAUAAUUUCAUACAUCUCAUUAAAAGCAUGUGGUGGUUGGAUGGUGGUCAUGCAGGUUGUAAGGAUACAUGGAUUGUGGAAAAAUCCAUACUAGAAUCAUUUGCAAAAUUAAGAAUAGAUGUUAAUGUUCAUGUUACACCAUAUCAAAUUCAAGAUUGUCGUCGUCCGUGGAUUGGUGAAGAAGAAAGCUAUUUCUGUAAUAUUUUACAAAGUAUGAAAAUUCCUAUAAAACGAACUUUACACUUUGCAGAUAAGACAAGAAGUUUGCAAAAUCAUUUUAAUGUACUUAAAAUUAUUGGAAGUUACACAUAGUAAUGUUACAUAUCUUGUUAACGUAAGAUGAAAAAUAUGACAAUUUCUAAUGUUUCAUUAAUUAGUUAAUGAUACGAAAAUAUAUAGGCUUCUUAAAUACAAUAUCACAUUUCAUAGAAGAUUUGUAGAACCUCUAUUAAUCGAAUUAAGUAUAAAAUCUUAAUUUUGUAUUUUCAUGUACAAUUUAAAAAUAAUAUAUUCACACAAAGAAUGAUAUAUUUAUAUAAAAAAUAAAUAUUGAUAAUAGAGGUUCAACUAUAUGUUUCAUAGUAUUAUGUUAAAAUAUUAUUUUCACAUAAUAACUUAAUAUGUACAUAAAAACUUUAUAGCAUAUUCUUAAUACCUCAAUAGUAAUGUAACAAUGUAAUAUCUCAAUAACUUAAGUUGUAUCGUAAUUUAAUUUUUACACCUUUGUAGUAGCUUAAGGUGUAAAAAUACCACUUCUUUAAUUGUGUAAUAUUAUAAAUAAUAUAAAUUUUAAGAAGUAAUUUUCGUAUAGCGUAAAACUUUAUCUACAAUAUACAAAUAUUUACUUGUACAGUGAUCCAUACAAAAUGAUAAUAUUUCUUUGAAUAUUACUAGCAUCUAUUUGGACAUUUUGUACGAUAAUAAGUUAUACUUCCAGAUUCUGAAACAAUUAAUAAAUAAUAAAGGUUUAGAAACAAUUUGAUAUUAAAUGAUAAAAUUCAUGUAAGUUUUCUGUAAUAAAAACACUUA